AUGGUGUGCUAUGGAAGGAGCGAGAGAGGGAAGGUGCCCCAGGACCCAGCUGUGUUCGGCCCCGGCUCAACCCUGUUGGAAAGCUCCAAACAUUACCUGACGAUACGUUACACACUCCUGCCUUACCUCUACACACUCUUCUACAAAGCCCACACCACGGGGGAGACUGUUGUUCGUCCUGUCAUGCACGAGUUCUUCUCUGACAGUAACACCUGGACGGUGGACCGGCAGUUCCUCUGGGGAAAACACCUGCUCAUCACACCUGUACUAGACCCGGGUAAGGACAGGGUGUGGGCAUAUAUCCCAGAUGCUGUGUGGUAUAACUAUGAGACGAUGGAACGACUGACAGACCGCAGAAAUCACGUUGAUAUGUACCUACCAGCUGACAAGCUUGGUUUACACAUCAGAGGGGGGGCAAUCCUCCCAACACAGAGACCUGAUGUCACCACCACAUACAGUCGGCGUCAUCCCAUGGGAUUGAUUGUCGCUCUCGAUGACAACAACCAGGCGGCUGGGGAGCUAUUCUGGGACGAUGGAGACUCCAGAGACACAGUUAAAACAGGCAACCACCUCCACUACGAGUUCUCCGUUAUGGCUGGAGUGCUGUCUAUGCAGGUGAACCGUGCUGGUUACAAGGACCCAAACAACCUCUUUUUUGAGAACAUCACCGUCCUUGGUGUGGCGGGACCUCCCACGUCUGUCACUUACACUCUCGUCGGAAAUUCAACCACCGCAGUAGCCAACGUCACCUACGAUGCAGCCAAGAAGGUGUUGUUCCUGACCGGCCUCUCGCUGAUUGUUGGGCAGUCGUAUCUGGUGGAGUGGGAAGUGGAGCCCAAUGAGCACCAGCGCUUCGACUGCUAUCCAGGCGAGAACGCAGAUGAGGCGAAGUGCCGAGCCAGAGGCUGCAUCUGGGAGCCAAGCUACAUUGAACGUGCUCCAUGGUGCUUCUAUCCAAAAGACUAUGGAUACACCAUGACGACAUCAGUAGAAACAAACUCAGGAAUGACCUUUGACAUCUCUCGGAACAACAAGUACCGGAGCAAUGUUCGCCCAGGGUCUCCAGACAUCAACACACUCCGCGUUGACAUCCAUUACCACAAGAGUGACAUGCUGCAGUUCAAGAUCUGGGACCCGAACACAGAGCGUUACGAGGUUCCAGUGCCGCUGUCGGUCCCCGCUACUCCAGAGACUGACGAGACCAAAAGGCUUUACAAGGUCCAAUUUACCGAUAACCCGUUCGGCAUCCAGGUCAUAAGGAAGAGCACAGGAACCAAGAUCUGGGACUCCUCGCUGCCAGGUUUUACCUUCUCAGAGAUGUUCAUCCAGGUGUCGACUCGACUGUCAUCGGAGUACGUGUACGGCUUCGGAGAGACGGAGCACGCCACCUACAGACACAACCUCAACUAUCACACCUGGGGAAUGUUCGCCAAAGACCAGCCUCCCGGUUACAAGAUGAAUUGUUACGGAGUGCAUCCCUUCUACAUGGGCCUGGAGGACACUGCUGACGCUCACGGUGUGCUGCUACUCAACAGCAAUGCCAUGGAUGUGACUUUCCAGCCAACUCCAUCCAUAACCUAUCGCACUGUGGGCGGCAUCCUUGAUUUCUACAUGGUCCUGGGACCUACGCCUGAAAUGGUGGUGCAGGAGUACACUGCGCUGAUUGGACGACCUGUUCUACCUGCCUACUGGUCCCUUGGGUUCCAGCUCUGUCGCUAUGGAUACGCCAAUGACCGGGAGAUAGCAGAUCUUUACAGAGACAUGAGGGCAGCGGGCAUACCCUAUGAUGUGCAGUAUGCAGACAUUGACUACAUGGAGCGUCAGCUGGACUUUGUUCUGGACUCAGAGUUUAAAGGACUGCCUGCCCUGGUGAACACGAUGAGGGAUGAAGGCAUGAGGUUCAUCUUCAUUCUGGAUCCAGCCAUCUCAGGCAAUGAGCCUCGAGGCGACUACCCUGCUUUCGACAGAGGUCUAGCACAGGAUGUCUUCAUCAAAUAUCCCAAAAGCAUCAGUGAUGAAAUUGUGUGGGGGAAGGUGUGGCCAGAUAGACCCAAUGUCACAGUAGAUGAAUCUCUGGACUGGGAUACCCAAGUAGAGAUUUACAGAGCGAAUACUACAUUCCCUGACUUCUUCCGCAAAACAACCGCAGCGUGGUGGCUACAAGAAAUCAAGGAUUUCUAUGGAAAUAUAAAAUUUGACGGCCUCUGGAUUGACAUGAAUGAGCCCGCCAGUUUUGUCCACGGUACAGUUGGAGAGAACUGUCUUGGUAACCCACUCCUAGAGAACCCUCCAUAUAUGCCACCUCUGGAGUCGAAACAUCGUGGUUUGAACCACAAGACUCUGUGCAUGAACAGCGAGCAGAUACUCAGCGAUGGAAAAAGAGUCCUUCACUAUGACGUCCACAAUCUCUAUGGCUGGUCCCACACCAAACCCACCUAUGAGUAA